AGACAGAGUUGCGAGAAUUUUAAUAUGCUUUUAGUUCGUCAGGCAUCGCCCGCCUUCCAAAAAAAAAAAAAAAAAAAAAGAGAGAUUGGGAGUAAAUGAUGGUGUGUCGCGUGCGGCGCAUGACAGUUUGGACCCACACGGACUACUUCCUGGAACCUUCUGAACGCUCGACUCUGCCACUCAUCCAUCACACAUUCUCAACCAUGUCGAAUGAACACAGAAUACACCGCCAGUGUCAGACUUGCUAUGUAGAGUUUGCAGGGAACAGUCAGUUGUUAGCGCAUAUAGAAGAGUACAAGUUUCGAGAGCAAUUGCUUAUCCAAGAAUUGCAUCAAUGCCGCUUACACAUGGAACGAGCCGCUUCCAAUGGCUACGACAACAGUGACCUCAGCGACGAUGGUGAUAACACAGAUGAAAUCACUCACCUAAGUGAUACACACAACGACCGAAAGCCCCCAUUUUAUUGCCCACAUAUUGAAUGCGACCAAAAACAGCCAUACACCACUCGGGGGAAUCUUGUGCGACAUUUUGCAACGCACAUAGCAUGCUAUGAGCUGUGUACUUGUGGCGAAGUAUUCACAAGAGCUCACCGUUUCCUCCGACAUAAUUGCCAAAAGUCCACAGAGGCCAACGAUGUUUACAUACAGCGGAGAAUUGGACACCUCAACGCGAAGGUGAAAAUAAACUUGGAUCGGCUAGAGAGAGGUGGAAGAUACACAAGGAAACGGAAGCAAACACAGGCAGAAUUUCAAUCGAUCAAGAAACGCAAACCCGUCACAUCGAGAAAUAAUAUCUUAUCAAUGGAUCCGAUUUCACAAAAUCAUGAUGCUAUUCCCAGUAACGCGUAUAUCAACGGCGGGCCUUCUAAGGUACCAGGUCUGUCACCUGUUGCGAGUACGAACAAUGUAAACUUGUCCCCUUCCGAAGGCACGGCGACGAACACAAUGCCGGACAAUACCAACUGGGAGCCCGUGAUAACAUGUCAAGCUGCUGACAGUGGUGGUGGAUGGGCUUUCAUGGAACCAGCGGCAGUCGUGCCUAGUGUUAAUGACGGCUGGGCUUUUGCAGAGCCUGCGUCAACUUUACGUGCGGGCGACAAUGGCUGGGCCUUUGCGGAGCCCUUAGUAGCCAUAUCAACUGACAUCGCAGGAUGGGCAUUUACUGAAGAUCCGUGUCAUCAUUUACCACUGUCCCUGAAUCCAGCCGGCGUUGAAGUGAAUAAUGCCAUUGUUGGGAAUGAGGAAACCUAGUUCGAACAGAGACACACCAGCUCAUGAAGACGAUAGCCUCUGGGACGAGUUUCACAUUAUCAAUACAAUGGAUUAAAAUGUGAAGUUUGUUUAGUGUAUGCCACCACAAUUCUCUUUUCUAAUCUUUCUAUUCAAAGUGUACGCCAAUCAUGUCGCUCGAUACACUGGCCAUCUGGUGCCUUUGCUGUACGUUAGGUACUUUCAACUUUGGCCACCUUUGCAACUCC